AGCAAAAGAAGCUGCGGCAAUCGAAGUAGAGGAGGUGGAGCGCCGGGUGAGCGUGAUAACGGCCAUGGGCUACCCGGAGGGCCUGGUCCGAGUCCGUCUCAACGAGGCCGGGUGCAACGUGGAGCGUGCCGUGAAUAUGUUGCUGGAGGAGCAGACUGGUGCGCACGGCCAGCGUCGCAAACGUCGCUGCAUUAAGGAGCUGCGUAAUGGUCUUUUGGGCGAUCCAUACGCCCUCCACAAUGAAAUCGAACGGAUGAUGCAGGAUCGGCGCUGUGCGCAGACCCUCACGGAAAUGGUGAACGGCCGCAGCUUGCAGAUUAUGCAGGGGCUGCUCGACUCCUCCGACGACGACGAAGAGGAGGAGGACCACCAGGAAUCAUCGUCCCCCUCGUCAGGGUCGUCGUCAUCGUUGAUGGAAGGUUCUCCGCCCAGCAACUAGUAUACGUUGCCCAAGUGCUCCUCGUUUACAUGGCAAGAAAUGGAAAAUGUCUCGUUCAUUAAAUGCAUUAAGCUAA